AUGGAUCUGGCUGUGGCCCUGGUGCUCUGUCUCUGCUGUCUUCUUCUCCUCUCACUCUGGAAACAGCGCUCUGGGAAAGGGAAGCUCCCGCUGGGCCCCACUCCUCUCCCAAUUCUUGGAAACAUCCUACAAUUAGAUGUUAAGGAAAUCAGCAAAUCUGUAAGCAGUCUCUCAAAAGUCUACGGUCCUGUGUUCACUCUGUAUUUUGGCAUGAAGCCCACUGUGGUCUUGCAUGGAUAUGAAGUAGUGAAGGAAGCUCUGAUUGACCUGGGAGAGGAGUUUUCUAGAAGAGGCAGUUACCCAGUGCUUCAAAGAGCUACUAAGGGAUACGGAAUCGCUUUCAGCAAUGGCAAGAUAUGGAAGGAGACCCGGCGCUUCUCCCUCAUGACCCUGAGGAAUUUCGGGAUGGGGAAGAGGAGCGUUGAGGACCGUAUUCAAGAGGAAGCACGCUGCCUUGUGGAGGAGUUGAGAAAAACCAAUGGGUCGCCCUGCGAUCCCACUUUCAUCCUGGGCUGUGCCCCCUGCAAUGUGAUCUGCUCCAUUAUUUUCCGGAAUCGUUUUGAUUAUAAAGAUCAGAUUUUUUUAGAUCUAAUGGAAAGACUGAAUGAAAACAUCAGGCUUCUGGGCUCUCCAUAGCUGCAGCUCUGCAGUUUUUUCCCUGCUCUCCUUGAUUAUAUUCCAGGAAAACAUAAGAAAUUCUUUGAAAAUUUUGCUUGUUUGAAAAGUUAUGUUUUGGAGAAAACAAGGGAACACCAAGCAUCUCUGGACAUUAACGACCCUCAGGACUUUAUUGAUUGUUUCCUGAUCAAGAUGGAACAGGAAAAGCACAAUCAAGAACUGGAGUAUACAGCUGAAAACUUGGCAAACACUGUAUUGGAUUUGUUUGUAGCUGGGACAGAGACGAUGAGCACCACACUGAGAUAUGGGCUCCUCCUCCUGCUGAAACACCCUGAGGUCAUGGCUAAGGUCCAGAAAGAGAUUGACCGUGUCAUUGGCAGACACCGGAUCCCCUGCAUGCAGGACAGGAGCCACAUGCCCUACACGGAUGCUGUGAUCCACGAGAUCCAGAGAUACAUUGACCUGGCCCCCACCAACCUGCCCCAUGCUGUGACCCGUGAUAUUACAGUCAGAAACUACUUCAUCCCCAAGGGCACUAAUAUAUUAACAUCACUGACUUCUGUGCUACAUGAUGACAAAGAAUUUCCCAACUCAGAGGUGUUUGACCCUGGCCACUUUCUGGAUGAGAGUGGCAACUUUAGGAAGAGUGACUAUUUCAUGGCUUUCUCAACAGGGAAACGGAUUUGUGUGGGAGAGGGCCUGGCCCGCGGGGAGCUGUUUUUAUUCCUGACCACAAUUUUACAAAAAUUUACCUUGAAAUCUGUGGUUGACCCAAAGGACCUCGACACCACCCCAGUUGUCAAUGGGUUAGUUUCUGUGCCACCUUUUUACCAGCUCUGUUUCAUUCCUAUGUGA